AUGGAUUCAUAUGAUGAACAUGCUGAUCAAAGAGAAUUGGCAAUAAUUAUACACGAACAAGAAAAUCAGCAUGAUGGACGUUUACGAAUAGAAUCAAGAUCUUCUUCGACUUCGGAUGUAACAACAAUCGAUGAAAAUGAUGUUGCAUGUGAGAUUGAAAUUCAUCCACAACCAUUGGAUCAUUGGGUAGAAGAUUCUUAUGCCACAGUCGUUCGUCAUACACCUGUGGUUACACCUACUAUAGUUACUCCUGUAAACACUGCAAAUCAUAAUACAGAAAUGGACAAUUUGAUUCAAGAGAAUUUAGAAGUUUAUAAUCCUCAUGAAGAAUAUGCAAAAAAGCAAUUUGAUUCUAAAUUAGGUAUUGGUUAUAAUUAUUACAAUGAAUUCGCCGAAAUAGAAGAAUUUGAAGAUAUGAACGAUGGAUCAAAUAAUCAAUUACCUAGUGAAACUCGUCUACGAACCAUACCACUAGAACGAUUUAUUACUGAAGAACCACAUAUACACGUAGAGAAUUUAAAACAGCAAUCUCAGACGAUGCAAAAUUAUUGCGAUUCUGAAAGUUUAGUUAAAAUGAAUGUUGUACCCGAUGAUAAUUUAGAGGAUCGUACAAGAUGGCGUACUUGUCCAUCUUUGAUAGGUUCCAAAAUGGACACAAAUAUUGACAUGAGUAGUACGUCGAUGACGCUUCCAACGAGAGAAUCAGUUGAACAACCAAGGUGUCAUGUUUGUGCAGAAGUGGUCUAUCCUUUAGAAGCUUUACAGACUAUUGGUCGAGUUUAUCAUAAGACCUGUUUCAAGUGUCAUCAAUGUCACCGUGUUCUGAGCUUGGGCAAAUAUAGUGUAUGGGAAGGCAAUCCAUAUUGUGAGCCACAUUAUCUUGUAUUGUUCAAGGCGUUUGGACAGUAUAACAGUAAUUUAACAAAAACUCCAACAUUUGAUGCCUCAUCUCAUGUUCGACAGGAAGUUUCGAGGAUAGAACGGUCAACAUCAAAUGUAACUCAGACAUUAGUAGCCAAAUUUCAAGAAUUAGAGUCUGGAAACAACACAACUAGUAUACAAAAUUCUCUACUACAGAAUCAACCACCACAUAGAAUCUAUUUUAACUCCACUCAUACAGGACCAACCAGUGCAAAUGGUGAUGUUUUUCCAUCGUCAGGAAGUGCUCGUCAAUUAGUAGAACGUUGGAAUAAAAUGCCUUUGGAAAAUCACCAGACUGUUGGUCGAGUUGCGCCUGAAAUAAAUGGAAGACCUCAUGUUUUAAACCAACGGAAAUUCAUUCCUGUGGAACCCAAACCGUUAACUAGAAAACCUGUCGAACAAAAACCAAAACAAUUAGUCAGUGAAUUAAAACAAAAUUUCAGUCAUAAACCUGAAGAUGAAGCUUAUAGUUCCUCAGAGUCUACUGAAAGUGCGAAAAUUGGUCAGUAUCAUAGCACAAAUGGUAAAACAAGUGAAUUUCCAACUCCGGGUAUUACACGAAAUCUGGUUGCUAAAUUUUCUGCCCUUUCUGCUGCAUCCUAA